GGGAGUAAGGUGAAUGCAAGGGGGGUGUGAAGGAACCAAGGGCAGUAAGGCGAAUGCAAGGGGGGGUGUGAAGUGAACCAAUAGAUAAGGUGAACGGAUAAGAACUGUGUAGGUGACCAGAGAAAAUUAACUGGGAAAAUUAAAAAAUUUAAUUUUAAGGUAAUCCUUUCAAUGGGUGUGUAUCUCCAAUCAAUUAUUGAAUCAAUCCCUCCUACUUCUGAAACAGUUCCGCUUAUUGGAAUUUACUAUGUGGCAUCUUUAGCAAUUGUGUGUCUCGCAACAGCAAUGAAUGUCUACACUCUAAACGUUCACAGGCGUGGAAUAACAAAUCAAAGUCGAGUUCCUUGGUGGAUGAGAAAAUAUAUUCUCGGUUAUUUGGCAACCAUUUUAUUUAUUCGUGUACACGAACCGGAUUCUGUCACUUUAAUUAAAGCUACAAAGACUAGACGUUCUACAAUUCGUCGUAUAAGUUUGCUGAGGGAUUUGAAGCAUAUAAAAAAUAUGGAAAAUUGUAAAGAGACGAGAACUGAUGAAAGUAGAAAUUGUGAGUGUAUGGAAAACGGGGAAGUAGAGGAGGAAAAAUUGUCGUCUUCUUUAAAUUUGAAGAGAAGACUAACAUUUGCUGAUUGUUCAGAAGAUGGUUGUAGUCCAAGAAUUGAAAGAAAAACUCGACGGUUGACUCAAUGUACUCAAGAAAGUAUUGGAGGGGAAUGUGUAACACUCGAGAAAAUGUUGAUGGAACAGGUAAUGCCUCGGUUAAAUGCCGUACGUCCUGUAAUGUCUACAGAAUUUGAAGAACGAUUCAGAAAAAUUCUCAAACGUGUUUAUCGUUCAUUGCAACAAUUUGAAAUACGUGAUGAGGUAAUUGAUGAACGCAAACGAAUUAUUUGGCAAUGGAGAACAUUGGCGUCAAUAAUUGAUCGUUUCUUACUUUUUACGUUUUCGUUUAUAACACUUUUUACCGUUACAAUUUUUAUUAUUUUUCCCAUACUUUUUCGGGAACGUCUUUUAGGGCAAAAUGAAUUUGUUUCGUAAAAAGACUAGGGUUGGGGGUUUCGAGUCAGGUCGACAUUCGAGUCAUUUUUUCGGGCCGGCCCGACCGAGUCUUUUUUCCUUAGGGACCCCAAUUCUCCGGGAUUGCCGUUUUAUCGGCUUUUUAGCCUUGCCCCCUCUUGUCUGAUUUUUUUUUCUCUCCGAUUAAAAAAAUUUUUUUCCUUCAAAAAUUCUUGAUAUUUAUACAAAACGAAAUAAAUUUCGAUCAGAGAUCGUUUUUUAAAUUCUAUCAAAAAAAAUUUUCAUUUUGCUACAGCAAUAAGGGACCGAGAAAAUUAUGCGAUU